AUGGCCGUCUUCCCCAAGAAAAAGUAUGUCUCCGCUGCCGAGUCCAGCACCAUUGCAGCGCGGUACCGAGUCGCCCUCGCCAAGCGGCCCUUCCUGCUCUUCGGGCUGCCAUUCAUGGCCAUCAUCGUCGCGGGGUCCUUCGUCCUGACGCCUGCCACGGCUAUCCGGUACGAGAGGCACGACAGAAAAGUACGACAGAUGACGCGCGAGGAGGAAUUGGGCGUCGGCAAGGCAGGGCGCAAGGUGGAUAUCCGGGACGAGUACUAUAGACUUGCCGCAAAGGACCUCGAUGACUGGGAGCAGAAGCGUGUCAAGCGACUACCGGGCGAGAACGACGGCACCCUAUAG